AUGGGAGAGGUGAAAUUACUAGGGUUUUGGUCUAGCCCUUUUGUUCAUAGGGUUAUAUGGGCUCUGAAGUUGAAGGGAAUUGGUUAUGAGUACAUAGAGGUUGACAGACACCACAAAAGUGAGCUACUUCUGCAAUCCAAUCCAAUUUACAAGAAAGUUCCAGUGUUUAUUCAUGGAGGCAAGGCCAUUGCAGAGUCUCUCAUCAUCCUUCAAUACAUCGAAGAAACAUGGCCACACCACCCUCUGCUGCCACAAGACAACCAUCAGAAGGCCUUAGCUCGUUUCUGGAUUCAAUUCGGAGACGAUUCGAUCGCCUCCAUCACUGAUCUGUUUCUCCGACCCUCUAAAGAUGAAGAAGAAAGAGCAAGUGCAUGGAAAAAGGCACAAGAAACUAUCGCCGUGAUCGAAGAGCAAGGUCUAGGGGACAAGAAAUUCUUCGGAGGAAACGAUGUUGGAAUGGUGGACAUAGCAUAUGGAUGCCUAAGCCAUUGGUUGGAAGGGUUGGAGGAAAUUGUGGGCAUGAAAUUGAUUGAGCCAAACCAAUUUCCUCGGUUGCAUGCGUGGACUCAAAAUUUCAAACAAGUUCCUGUCAUCAAAGAAAACCUUCCUGAGUAUGGGAAACUGUUGAUCCAUCUUCAAUGGCGCAGGCAGCAAUAUGUUACACAGUAG